AUGGCUGGGGGUGUGUGGGGCCGGGGCCGGGAUGGCCCUGUGGGGUCCCUAACUCUUACAGCUCUAGCUGAAGGGAUCCGGGCUAACCAGGGGCAGCCUGUGGGACCCUCUUCCAGAGGCCCUCAGCCUGAGCCCUCGGAGCCUGGGCCUGAGGCUGAGAUCUACCCUCAAACACUCACCCCUGCCUUUGAGGCCCAGCCUGGGCAUGAAGUGGUUGCCCCCACAGCUGGCAGUGAGAACUGUUUCCCACACGAUGCCCAGGAGCCAGCCCCCGAGAGACCCUACCAGGCCUCCCAGUAUUCCUGGGAGGAAGGAGCCCUUGCAGACCUUGCUUUGUAUACGGCUGCCUGUCUGGAGGAGGCUGGCUAUGCGGGAACCCAGGCAACAGCGCUCACUCUGUCCUCAGCCCUGGAAGCCCGGGGGCAACGACUGGAGGACCAGGUCCACGGUCUGGUGCGUGGGCUGCUGGCACAGGUGCCUAGCCUGGCAGAGGGGAGACCCCGGCGGGCAGCCCUACGGGUGCUGAGCGCACUGGCCCUGGAGCAUGCGCAGGAUGUGGUGUGUGCGCUGCUCCCCAGUUCUCUGCCCCCGGACCGGGCAGCUGCUGAGCUGUGGCGAAGCCUAAGCCGGAACCAGCGUGUAAAUGGCCAGGUGCUGGUGCAACUGCUGUGGGCGCUGAAGGGCGCAGCGGGUCCUGAGCCUGAGGCACUGGCGGCCACACGCGCUCUUGGGGAGAUGUUGGCAGUCUCUGGCUGCGUGGGAGCCACUCGAGGUUUCUACCCUCACCUGCUGUUAGCCCUGGUCACACAGCUGCAUGAGCUGGCUCAAGGUGUCCAUUCCCCUGACAGCCCUAAGGUUUGGGAGCCUUUUCACCGAGGGCCACCUCACAGCCACGCCAGCUGCACCGUGGAGGCCCUGAAGGCCCUGCUCACAGGGGAUGGUGGCCGAAUGGUGGUCACGUGCAUGGAGCAAGCAGGAGGCUGGAGGAGACUGGUAGGAGCCCACACGCACCUGGAGGGUGUCCUGCUGCUGGCCAGUGCCAUGGUGGCGCAUGCCGAUCACCAUCUGCGAGGCCUUUUUGCAGACUUGCUUCCUCGGCUACGAAGUUCCAAUGACCCUCAGCGCCUCACAGCGAUGGCCUUCUUUACUGGGCUGUUGCAGAGCCGGCCCACUGCUCAGCUCUUACGGGAGGAAGUCAUCCUGGAGCGGCUUCGAACUUGGCAAGGCGACCCAGAGCCCACCGUGCGCUGGCUGGGCCUACUUGGUCUUGGCCACCUGGCAAUGAAUCGUGGGAAGAUAAGGCAUGUGAACACGCUGCUGCCCGUACUCCUUAGAGCGCUGGGCGAAGGCGAUGCACGACUCGUGGGUGCGGCUCUAGGCGCACUCCGGAAGCUACUCCUGCAGCCGGGAGCACCGGUGAGGCUCCUCAGCUCUGAGCUGCGACCACGCCUCCCGCCGCUACUGGACGAUGCUCGGGACUCUGUCCGUGCUUCAGCGGUGGGACUCCUUGGAACGCUGGUGCGGCGGGGUCAGAGAGGGCUCCGGCUGGGGCUUCGGGGACCCCUGCGGAAACUGGUGCUGCAGAGUCUGGUGCCGUUACUGCUGCGCCUACACGACUCCAGCCGGGACGCUGCUGAGAGCUCAGAGUGGACGUUAGCUCGCUGUGACCAGGCCCUUCGAUGGGGCCUGCUGGAGGAGAUGGUCACUGUGGCUCACUAUGACAGCCCCGAGGCUCUCAGCCGUGUCUGCCACCGCCUGGUUCAGCGAUAUCCGAGCCAUGUUAAGCACUUCCUGAGUCAGACCCAGGGCUACCUGCGGAGCCCACAGGACACCUUGCGCCGGGCAGCCACCGUGCUCAUAGGCUUCCUCGUCUAUCAUGCUAGCCCCAGUGGAGUCAGUCAGGACCUGUUGGACUCUCUGUUCCAGGACCUAGGACAGCUGCAGGGCGACCCGGAGACUGCGGUUUCCGCGGCAGCGCACGUGUCUGCCCAGCAGGUGGCGCUGCUUGCCCGGGCGCAGGUCCGACCACGCCGCUCCAGCCUCUUACGCUUCAUCCGCCAUCACUCAUACCCUACAAGGCCCCAUCCACUGUAUGACGAUAGUCCGUUCCUACGCCGGAGCCUUGCAGGCCGAUGGAGCUGCCCUGAACCUCGGUGAGCCAGGCGCGGUAUCCAGAUUCAUGGGCACCC